GUAUUCUCUAAUAGACGACGUAAGCUCAGUUUUUGCGCGACUUUUAUUUUGAAAUCCUCAACAUCCGGUUUCCGUCACGUUUGUAUCGUCAUGUUGCUGCGAAAUAAUUCACUGUCUCUCAAAGAUGUAGCCUAGUUUCUUCCGUUGCAUAGUGCUGAACCUGCUUCAUCAUGACAUCAUCAAAUCCUCCAAAAGCAGCUCUACAUUUUGGCCAGGUUGUGAUUGGUCCACCUGGCUCAGGUAAAACCACUUACUGCCGGGGCAUGCAAGAGUUCCUCAGCCACCUCGGGCGCAAGGUGGUCGUUGUGAACCUGGAUCCUGCCAAUGAAGGCCUACCCUAUCCGUGUGCCGUGGACAUAUCGGAGCUCGUCACUCUGGACGAUGUGAUGGACGGUCUAAAACUUGGCCCCAAUGGUGGCCUUAUCUACUCUAUGGAAUACUUAGAGGCAAAUUUGGACUGGUUAGAGAGCAAGCUGAAGCACCACCACGACUGCUACUUUCUUUUUGACUGCCCAGGUCAGGUGGAACUUUACACUCACCAUAAUUCGGUGAAGAAUAUAUUUGCACAGCUGUCAAAGUGGAAUUUCAGGCUGACCGCCGUGCAUCUGGUGGAUUCCCAUUAUUGUGCUGAUCCGGCCAAGUUCAUCUCCAUACUGUGCACUUCCCUGUCCACCAUGCUGCAUGUUGAAUUGCCACAUGUCAAUGUGCUCUCAAAAAUGGACCUCAUUGAGCAGUAUGGCAAACUUGCAUUCAAUCUAGACUUCUACACUGAGGUUCUGGACUUGACCUAUUUGGUGGAGCAUCUCUCCUCAGACCCUUUCUUCAAAAAGUUUCACCACCUGAAUGUGAAGUUGGCUGAAGUGAUCCAGGACUACAGCUUGGUGUCUUUUGUUCCUCUUAAUGUGCAAGAUAAGGAAAGCAUGACUCAAGUUCUGAGAACUGUGGACAAAGCUAAUGGCUACUGCUUUGGAGACCUGGAGGAGAGGAACCUGCAGGCUAUGAUGUCUGCUGCAGUUGGAGCAGACUUCCAGUUCAGCACAACUCUUAGUGUACAGGAGAAAUACAUGGAGGCCACUGGGAAAACUGUGGAGGAUGACGUUAUGGAUUUGUAACCAUUUUUAUAUUGAUUAAAAAAAAAAUAAAAAAAAAGCAAUUUGCAGAGGUCUUAUUUCACACACU